CUAAUCAACGGAAACGGUAUAAUAAGACCGCUAGCCGCCGUAAUUCGAAGAAAAAAUCAUGAUGAAUGAUACGUGUUGUAUCAUUUUUACGCGCGAUGAUAUCGCCAAAGUGAGGAAAAACAAUGUUUCAUGCAAUCUACCACGUAUUAUUCGGAGCAUAUUAUCUACUAAUAUACUAACAAAGUAUAUUACGAAUGUCUUCAAAUAUCGGUAUUAUAUUAUAAUAAUCAUCGGAAAGUAUCGAUUCACACGGAUUUAUCUAUCACCGAAGUCAGUCAUUAUUACUAAUGUGAUCAUCUGUACAUACAAGACCUACCUAAGCUACGUGGGGAGGCAGAGGCAGAGGCAGUUUUAACGAAAUGAACUAAUUCGAUUUACAUCUCGUGUUUUUCACCUCUUAUAAAAAUUAACGAAGAUGAUAAAAAAAUGAAGAAAAAUACGGAGAAAAAGGAUGUCUGGUGUCCAAUUGUCCAUCACCUUUGACCAUCAUCAUUCUGAGGACAAUUGUCAACUCCUGAAGUUUGGACUCCUUGAGGAACUCCUCUUCUUUCAUUCUCUAUCUGUACAAAUCCACAUCUGGCACUGAAAAUGAAUUCGAACUCCAACGAUGGUUUUUUCGCAUUUGCCAUUUCCAUCUCGCGGUGGCAGAUCGAAUCGCCCUACUUACAACGGUCCACAAGAAGGGGUCGAUGAGAAAGUACUAUAAUUAGUGAGAAACUGUAGCAUCGACAUCGUACUGAUAUCUUAAUCGUUGGAUCACAAAUUGGAGUAUCACCGGUCUGGUCAUCAUGUACAUCAAGUCUGAGGCGGGCUCGAAAUGUGAGAAAAAACCUCUCAAUAUCGAUAUUACCAGAACGAAGACCGUAGAAAAAGAUAAAUUACCCAUUUUCGACGUAGAAAUCUCCGGUGGCUGGUCACUUCGACUUUCAAGAAAGCAAAAGCUCAUAGAUCACCUGUUUCACUUCUCCGUAUUCUCUUGUUUGAUAAUUCUAGCUUUUUACGUGAUCGCUAUUCAUACCCUGUUAUAUUACGAGACUCAAGACACCUUGAACCUGAGAAGAAAAGUCGAGCAUGCGUUUACACUAAACGAACAACUAGAAAACAACCUCCAAUUAAUGAAAUUAGAUAUGGAUAACGUAAUGAGCGAAUUGCAAGAUUUAAGAAACGAAUUACAUUCGAAGCAAGGUAACUUCAGCGAUGAUCACGAAGUUAUAAGGAGAUCGGUAAACGAUUCAGAACGAUUACCUAAGAAGGGUCAACGCAGUCGACCUAAAAGAAAAGAAAUUAUAGCUGUACAGUUUAGAACGUACGAGCCCUUCCAGUACCAAGAGUUACCCAUGGAAGGUACUCUCGGUCCAUGGAGAGUUGAACCAACUCUUGGUAAAAGUACCAUAGACAUGUUUGAAAAAUCCCUCGUGUAUGAAAGACGUCAUGUUGAAAUAUCUGUUGCUGGAUUGUAUUUCAUUUAUUCUCAGGUAUCCUACUCGGGCAAGGGUAGCCCAGCUUAUUAUUCAAUUAACGUGAUCUCUGCUUCGUGCAACGAUACCGAAGAAGCCAAUCAAUCAAUCGCUCAGUGUAGUUCCUUCACGUCGCAUCAUGUUUCGCACGAUGUGAGCUGCUUCACUUCAGCAUUACGUGUGCUUUAUCCCAAAGAUAUAGUUUAUUUACAACAAGUGACCACCAAUGUCACGGUUAAUUUCGAAAUCGAUUAUACGUAUUUCGGUUUUGUUUUACUCAAUGAAAUGUAACAGCAAAAGUACGAGUACGAGUAAGCCAUGUUUUUUUUUUUUUUUAAUGAGAUUCGUGUGUUUUUAUUCAAAAAAAUUUGAGGUUACGUUUCGAACUGUUCAUAUCGUAGUUCGAAGCGAUUGGUUACUUAUUUUACACCCUGUACAUAUAAAAUCCCAUCUUUUGAGUCGUUAACUCAACGUUUUAUCGUUUGUUUUUCGUUAUUACGUUUUCUUUUUUUUUUUCUUCUCUUUUUCUUUAUACUUAUUUUUUGUGUGUCAAUUUUAAUAAUUUUAGUGUUCAAUGUACCGAAUAUUAUCGAUGUUUUUUUUUUAAGAAUGCAUUUGCAAUUUGUGAUAUUGGGUGCUCGUAGAUUUAAAUUCCCGUAUUAUUUGUGUAAUCUGCAGCAUGGCGUAUUAAUCUUGAUCGCCAAUCGGCAUCUAUUCUACAUUGUGAAAGAGAAAAGAUGCCUAAUACCAUAAAAUUGUGAUCUCCUUUUGUUGAAUGCGUGCAAAUGAGUUCAGGAAAAAAUUAAGCUUUUUUGUAAUAAUUGAGCCUUAGUGAAGGCUUUGAUCUCAUUUGAAGGGAGGGGGUAGGGUAUUAUGUUCCUGUUGGUUGAAUUUUAUUGUGGGUGAAAUGGUGAAGUGAAAAUUUCUAGUUACCUUGUUUUGAUUUGUGAUGUCGAAAAUUUGAAAUCGGAUGUGCCUUUUGAAUACGCUUUUUAUUCUUUUUUUUUUACUUUUGUGAUGAGGUUUUUUGAAUUUUGAUGUGUAUUUUUAAACAAAAUUUUUCUCUGAAGAAUCAUGGAAGUAUAGUUUUGUUCAUCUGUGAUUUUUCAUUGUUCGAGAAUUGGUUGCUAUUUUUUUAAUAAGUAAGGUUUAUUUUGUACUUAUAUACGUGUAAUUUUAUUUUUAUUAUUGAAGGGGGGUUUGAUUUCUAUUUUUUGAUCGACUAGCGAUCUAAUGGUUCGCUAAUUGAUGCGAUCAGGAAGUGUUAACCCUUCGUUAUUUUUUUCACAUUUUUCCUCUGGUGUUCUGAGAUUUCCAAGUCUAUUGCCUUUUGUGAAUAGAAUUCGUGAUUUUCUCCUUCAAAAACGUUAAUUUGACGAGAAAAAAAAUGAGAAGUUUUAUUUUGAUAUUUUUAUCAAAAUGUGAUGAGAUUCUCAUAUUUUACGUAGGUGUAAAAUUGAGGCCCAAAAUACGAUUUGAAUACGGGCUAAUGAUUAUCGAUUGGAAUUUUUUGAGGAAGAAGAUGAGCUGGAGGAAUUGAAAUGAUGAAUCUAAUUUGCCAGUUUUUGGUGAGAAAAGUCAUUCGAUUUUAAUCAGGUUAAAAAGACUGGAAUUUUUAUUGCAUUUAUGAUAAAUUGCUCGGCUUGUAGGUACCUAUUAUACCUAAUUAUUUGCUUGCAUCAAAAUGCAGUACAAGAGAAAAAUGUGAAAAUUGUCCCAGUGUGUUAUUCUAUAAGAUUUGAAUUUAUUUCAUUAUUUUUAUGAUUAGAAUUACUUUCAUGAGGGUGGCUGUGGUUUUGAAAACCAAAGGAAUCGAAUCGAAAUUGAAAGGAAAAAUUUUUGCUGGUUUUUUAUCUGUUCUUGAACGUAAAUUACUUGCAUGAAAACUCAAACCAUUUUUAAUAUUCACCUUCUUGGACGAACUGGUUUGAAUUUUUGUUUAUGUAUUAGGUUACUAUAGUGUUAACUUUUAGGUAUCGUUUUUUUUUUUUUUUUUUUUUUUUUUUUUUGUAAAUUUUGGUUUGUCAUGGUUAUGUAUUUGAAAUACUGAGAGCUAAAAAUCAUUCAAAUAAUACGCACCCUUCCCUCUUGAAUAAAUUUGGUUUAAAUGAAGCAAUAGUGCCUUAAUUAAAAUAAGCUUAUUACUCGUAAUAAUAUUCAUUCCUUAUGCUAUCUUUUUAUAUUACAUUUUUUUAAAGAUUAAUUAUGUAAUUACGUACGAUUUGUUUAUGUACCAAUUUAUUGAGUUUUGUUUUUAAAAAAUUUUUCGUAAUGCUUU